UCAGGGUAGGCCAUGAAUUUUUACUACAUUGUGUAGAGGAUAUAGCAACUGUAUUUGCUAUGACUGGAAUUGUGUUGUAUUUUGUGUAUUAAUGCAUAAAAUCAAACGUUAUGUAGCAUAGCAAGAAAUGGUACGAGAAACAAGGUACCUUCUUGUUGGGAAUUUACCCGAGAAAACCACAGAAGAUGCAGUAGCAGAGCAUUUUAAGCGAUAUGGUAAAAUUCAGAGUGUUAAAUUGCAUGAAGGGUCCUCAGCAAUUGUUGCAUUUGGAGACAUUAAGUCGGCUUCCAAGGCUCAUGGUGCUGAAAAUAAAAUAGACGGAAAUGUUUUAUCCACGGAGUACAGUGAAGGGUCCGCUACCGGAAGUGCCGUAACAAGAACUGUCGAGCAAAGACCAGGCUACAGUAGACCAUAUAGCAGAAGCAAAGGGUCUGAAGAUGGUGAAUCGUUUGAUUCCUACUACAGCACCAAUAGAUACUCAGGAAGUUAUGGAGAUGAAAUAUAUAAUAGGGGCAGACCUAGAGAAAGAUUUUCUGGAAGAGGAACAUUCAAAUCCUAUGACACGAGGGGUGGAUUUCAUGGACGAGUGAAGUCAGUGGAUCAGUCAUCACAGGAUGGGUUUGAAAAGCCGAAGGUCCCUCAGUCUCCCGCCCAUUCCACAUCACACAGUGGCAGCCGACACAGUAGUAAAUACAAGAAGAAGAAGCAGGUGUCGCGAUCAGGCAGCCAGAGCAGCAGCAGUAGUAGUUCUAGUAACUCCACCUCCAGCAGUGCUUCACGGUCUAGCAGUAGAAGUUCUAGUCGAUGUAGUGCUUCUCGAGGCAAUGCUUUGCCAGCUGCGAUGAAGACCAGCUACCGGACGGAAUCCCAGGAGUCCAACAACAGUGACAAGACAGGAGCCAAUGAUGACGACAAGCGGCCCAGAGGAAUCAUCAUUCAUCAUCUGCCAAUGAGAUCCACAGAUACAAGUUUGAGAGAUGGACUGUUUCAUGAAUACAAGAAAUACGGGAAAGUCAAUGCCGUCCUGGUAGCAGGAGUGGGAGAUGACAGAUAUGCUGUUGUCAGUUUUAGAAAGCCUGAGGAUGCAAUCAAGGCAUUAUCAGCAUCACAGGAUAAAGUCUUCUUUGGGUCCAAAAUAAAAGUGGCACAGCAUGAGGGCAUAGAAGUGGAUGACAAUGAGUUCCGGCCUCCUGAGGCAGAGCUGGAUGAGCAUCAUCCCAAAGCCACGCGCACAUUGUUUGUCGGCAACUUGGAAAAAGAUAUAUCAAACCAGGAACUCAGAGAAAGGUUUCUUAAAUAUGGAGACAUACUCGACAUUGAUGUGAAGAGACAAGGGGCUGUAUCAGCAUAUGCCUUUGUGCAGUUCACUGACAUUCGUAGUGUGGUUAAAGUUCUUAGAGAGAUGGAAGGAGAGGUCUGGGGCUCCAUGAAACUCAAGCUGGGAUUUGGAAAAAGUAUGCCAACAAACUGUGUAUGGCUUGAUAACGUCGAUCAAACAGUCCAGGAAAACUUUUUGAGUCGACAGUUUGGCCGUUAUGGACAGGUUACUCAUGGAAUUAUUGACAGAAUUAAAGGAAAAGCUCUGGUCUACUUCACCAAUGCAGAACAAGCACAGUAUGCUCUGGUGGAGAUGAGGAACAGAAUACUGAAUAACAAGAAAAUCAUGAUUGACUUUGCCAGCAGAGACUGUCAGGCAGAAUUUUAUGAGCAGAUGGAGAAGAAUGGACAGCUGAAGGCUGGUCUCCGUCCCGAUGAGAGGAGGGGGUGGAUGUACAAUAGACAGACCGCAGAGGGACAGUGGGAAGCAAGUUAUGACAACAGACCUGCAAACUUCUUCAAAUUCAGUCCUGGGUUCAGAGGUCGAGGUUCAAGGACAGCGGGACGUGGAGGAAGUCGGGGAUACAAAGAGGAAUUCUCAGACGAGUACAGGAGAACAAGGUCAUAUGAAGACUAUAGAUAUCCAGGAGACUCAGAUGAUUUUGAGCAGGAUUUGAGAGCAUAUCAGAGAGAAAGGCAGCAUGGAAGCCAAAGCCCACCUCCCUACAUAGAAGAAGUGUAUGAAGACCCAGCAUACCGCAGAUCUAAGGAUUACUACAAGUACGCCGAAUCUUACAGAAGUGGAAGUCCACACAGUGACAGAGCAUUUGAAGGAUAUGAUUACGAUAAAAUUCGUUUGGAGGAGAAAUAUUACGGAAAGGAGAGAUAUGUGGUUCGUGAACGAAGUCCAGAAGUGGAGUAUAGUAGGAGAAGCUGGAGUCACUCACCAUCACGUGGAGCUCCCGGGCAGAUAAAGGAAAACGUGGGUCGUAACACUCCCCCUACACCAAUGGACGACGAAGCUCGAGACUUCUCACGGGACGUCAGCCCUAUGGAAGAGGGUCAGGCGAAAUUCGGUGAUUCAAAAAAUAAAAGACGUAGUGAGGACGACUUCAAUAUUAAUGAAGCCGAUAUAGCCGAGUUAACGGGUCGACCAAAGUUCCCAGGGAUGUAUCGUACAGAUAGUUCACCAUGGACCGAGGAUAAGUUUGAAAGAAAACGAUCGUAUGAUGAAACUUUUGGUCAAGAUUACAUGAAAUCUCCAAGGAAACUUGACAGACAAUUAAGUAACAAGUCAGCUUUGGAGAGAAUUGAAUUUUCAAAACGGGAUUUAUAUCAAAAGUUUCAAAUCAUUCAGUCACGAAUCACGGAAAAGUUGAAAGGUCGUAAUGAAAGCAGUCCAAGCUCGGCUAGUAGUGGGUCAGAACCGGGACAGGUCAACGAAAGUGAACUUUCAAAACUUCAGCAUGAAAAAUCUCUCUUACUAGAGAAAUUGAAACAAUUGGACAAGGAAUCUAGUACAAGUGAUAUAGAGGAGGCUUUUGAUAGUGACGAUCCAAGGAAAGCUCUAUCAAAGCGUGCUAGAAUGGAUCCAGUGGGACCUUGGGGAGAUUCAGUUCACCAUCUACAAACGGACUUAGGAGGUGUUUCAAACAUAAAAUCAUAUGACUAUAAAGGAUUAGAUUCAACUUCUAGUGUACGGAAACAACCAGACAAUUUACACGAGAAAGAAAGAAACAAAUCUUGUACAAGAUCAAGUAUUGAAGGAAGUGAUCAUGAAGAAUUUACUCCAGGAGUUUCUCCAAAAGAUGUUCAAAUUGGAUUACGUAAGAAGAGGAGAAAGGGUGAACAUUCGGAAGAGAGGCGUUUAUCGUUCAGAUCAAAGCACAGUGAAGAGGAAGAUCAUGUUAGUAGUGACAAUGAUGAAGUGAAAAACAGAUUCGAUCAAUUAUCAUCUAAUCCCGUCUUCAGAAGAUUGUCAAGUAAUCAUUCAUCGCCUCGCACUCCCCAUUUCUCUCAUGAAUCCUCAAAUGCAUUGCAUAAAUCACAUAAAGAGACUGAAGUACCAGGAAGUGAAGGACUCUCUAGUUCACAUUCUGAGGAAAUGAAACAUCAUAAAAAGACUGAAUCAUUCAACAAAUCUCAUGGCCAUAGAUCUAAACAUCGGCAUAAAGAUGAUCACCAACCCCCCAUCAUCCCCCUGGGUGAUGAUUUCCCCAACCCCGAGUUACUGGAUCCCAGGAAUCCAGACAGAAUACACAAGUCCCUGUCUCUACCUCUGCCAAAAUUUGCAGAAUUAGAUGCGAAUGUGAUGACUUCACCGGAUGUGAAUAUAUCCCCGGAUAAUUCUAAAAGUGAAUCCCCAAGGUUUUCUUCUCCAAGUAGUGGAAGUAAAAACACUUCAUCCCCACAAAGAUCACCUAGUGAAUCAGCCUCAACAAAUUCACAGGAAAAUCCUCCACAGGAAUAUAUUCCAGAGGAAAAUCCAUCAGACAUGAACAAUGAUGGUGCCCCAGUGGAACCUAUGGAAGCGAAAGGUGAAUUUGAUUCAGAUGGGAGUUCUGAUCACAGUGAUCAUAAUGACAAUUUUGAAUUGGAUAAAAUUUCACUGGAGGAGCGAAUUAGGAGGCUGGAUGAGAAACUGAAUGCAGUACCUUUACCUCAAAGUAGUACUAAACUGGCAAGUGAAAUGAGCUCUUUGUCAUCAAAUUCGACCGUAGUGUCAAAGUCAGAUACUCAGGUUUCAUCACUUUCACGGACAGCUUUGUACUCCAAGUUUAAAAUCAAUAAGAAAGAAGUGACCCAAGGAACGGGAACGGACAUAAAAACGGGAGAAAGCACAGACAUAGCCAAGAAAGUCACAUCACGAUUUAGUAUCAUAGACCAGGAUACAAAGCGAUUACAAGAUAAAAUUUAUGAGAACUACUCCCCAAAACCUACAUCAAAUUUAGAGGAUACCCAAACUUCUUUGUCACCUAUGACACCACUUCGCACAAAGGGAGCUGUGAAGGAAAUGCCAGCUCAGAUGCCGAAUCUCUCUACACUGCCAGGGUCAUUAGCUGGAAGGCUAGGAAAUGGAGCUGCUCCGUUUCCAACCCUGACAGUAACAACUACGACAUCUAAUAAUGGUAAACCUGAAGAUAUGAAUGCAUUAGAUGCUUCUUCAUUCAAUUCUGCACUUACACCAGCAAUACCAGAGAAGCAGUGGCCAACAGAGGGAUACUUAUCAUCAAAGUCACUCUUGAAGCCAUGGCAGAUGGAUUCUGCAUCAGUGCCAAAAAAUAGUGCCAGUGAUCAAAGUAAUGUAAAAGACUUCACUUUAGGAUACCUUUCUGAAGAAUCUGCACAGAGACCAUUAAUUACACCAGCAUUUAAAAAGCAAAUGAGUGAUAAUUUCUCCAGGACUGAUGAAAAAUCCUCUCCUAAGAUUUCUCCAAAAUUUCUCAGUAAAUCACCAUCACCAUCAAUUGAAAAGAAAACUGCUUCUCCAACUCAUGAAGUGUCUCUGUCUCCAAAAUCAGAUAGCAAAUUAUCACCAGAUAUCAGUGAUCAGAAGUCUAAUGUACCAUCAGAAAGUGUCCCGAGUGGCUCAGAUAUACCAAAAAUAGAGACUGAAAAGAACUCUGUGUGCAAUGAGGAGGUAAAAACAAGUUCUGACCUUACACAUGAUUCAUCUGGUAUUUCACCUCCCAAAAGUGAAGUAGAACCGAUGGAGGUGACAACAGAUAGCAAUUCCUCAGAGCUUAAAGAAGUUGAAGGGAAAAGAACUAGUGAAAGGGAUGAUGACACCAAGCCAAAAAGUACACCACCUGUUGUGUUAACAAAAGCAGAAGUGAAAGAUAUGUCUCCUUUAAAGUUAACAAAACAGAGUAGUGGCAGUAAAGAAAAGUCUUCAAGUUCUUCAAAAGAGCCUCAAAAGAAACAAAACCAAGAAUCUUUCGAGGAGAUUUUAGGUUUGAAUUCUCCAGUGGUGUUUGGAAAACGGAAAGCAGAAACUGAGGAAUUGAACAAAUCCCAAAAUGACAGAGACAAAAAAGAUGUAGUCAGAGAGCAAAAAUCUGAAUGCAAUGGUUCAGAUUCUGACUCGAAGGAGUUAGAGAAGUUACCACAGUCAAAGAAACCAAAAAUCUCUGAAACAGAAUCUCAGAGCUCGGACACUUCACCAGAAAAGAUAGACAAAUCUAACAGCAGUGCUAAAAGUAAAGACUCUCAAAAGAAAGAAAAGAGCAAGGACUCCAAAAAGAAAGAGAAAUGUGAGGGAGACUCGGUGAAAAAGGAUAAAAACAAUCACGAAAGGAAGGAUAAAGAUAAAGACGGAGGCCGAGACAAAGGGACCAAUUCAAGUUCUACCAAGUCACAGUCACUCUCCUCAAGUAGUAGCAGUAAGCCUGAAAGCACCAAGAAUGGAAAGACAGAUGAAAAAUUAAUAAAAUCUAGUAAGCCAGAGCAAAAGAAGUCAGAAAAAUCUUCAAAAGUGACAGGGUCUACCAAAUCGUUGGACGAAAAAUCCAAAGGCAGCGAGACAAGCUCUAAAUCUGAGGAUAAAAUCACUAAAUCUGAGGAUAAAAACGUGAAGUUAAACAAAGAGAAAAAUAAAGUUUCUUCUUCUGAACACAAAAAAGAUGGUGAAAAGGAUAAGAAAGCAUCUGAUCAUUCAGUACAUCGGAAAGACAGCAAAUCCAAUACAACAAAGUCAUCAAGUGAGAGCAAGUCCAAGGACAAAUUCAAAAACAGCAAGGAAAAAGUGAGUGUCAAGUCAAAAGAUUCAAGUAAAACGGACAAAAAUACAAAAGAAGGGACUAAUGACAAAAAUGGCAGCAAAGUCAAGAAAGAAGAAAAACAUACUGACAAAAAUGUGAAAUCAAGCGGUGAAAAAUCCAAUACUGAGAAACCCAAAGAAAGCUCAGAGGGAAAGGAAAAGAGUUCAAAUUCUAUUCCCACUGAGAAACAGGCAAAACCCAGCAAAACAACAGAUUCUGAGAACAAGGCGAAAAACUCAUCAAAUGUGGAAAACACUGAAAGAAACAAAGAAAAGUCUCCAAGUACUACUGCAGGAAGUGAAACUGUAACACCUACUGAUCAGCAGAAAGACAAAGUGAAAGUAAAACAUGAGAAAUCUGGAAAGUCAAAGCAUAAGGAUGAUACCAAGUCAAAGACGAAGGAGAAACACUUAAAUCUGGAAAAAUCUAAAGAUAAAGUGUCAAAAGAUGGGAAGAGUUCACAUAAAAAGGAGGAAAAUAGAACUGAGUCCAGGAAGGACAGCUCAGAGAAGAAAACUGAAGCCAAAACUGAACAAACUGAAUCAUCCAAGUCAAAUGGUUCUGGAUCAAAUGAGAAAAAUGAUGACAAGAAAUCAGAAAAUACAGAUGGAAAGAUGGAAACUAAAAAUCACCAAGCAGAUUCGAAUAAAAAGAAACCCCACGAGAGUGAGAAAAUUCACAAGGUGCACCGGGAUAAACCAAAGUCUAGCAGUUCUAGUGUUUCUGAUGAUAUAAUGAAAGGGGAAUCAAACAAGUACUCCAAGGAGAGUGAGAAAUCCAAACCCAGUAAAUCUCACAAUAAAAGUAAGGAUGGAGAAAAGUCAAUAAAAACCGAGAGCAAACUGAACAAAUCUGAGGGUGAAAAGAAAAAAUCUCCCAAAGUAAUCACAGAAAAGAAGAAGUCCAAUAAAGAAAACAAAUCUGAAAAAUCCGGGACAUCAAAGAAGAAAGAUAAAAAAGAGGAAACAGAAGAACAUACAUCCAGUGAGGCAGCAAAAAAGGCAGAUGAUGAUUUUGACUGGGAUGCUUGGCAAGAGCCCUAUGUUUCUAUGUAUGAUAAGGUGAAACGUAGAUCAACUAUCAAAGACAAAGAGAGAGAAAUGGAACAAAACAGACAAAAACAACUUGACAAACUGCAAGAACGUCGACAGAAGAAAUCAAAAAGUAAUUCCAUUCUGCAGAGUGAUGUCAGUUCCACCAACUACACAGAUUCUGACGAAAAGGAAAGUCCCAAAAAGCCUUUCAAUAAACGUAGAUCAAAAUCCAAAAAGAUCUACAGUUCAUCAGAUUCAGACUCCGAUUUUACAUCUAGUAUCUUUCCAUCAGAGAAAAAGCUCCAACCACAGAAACCCACUUUGGAUCUAUCCAAGAAGACAAAAAAGACACCAUUUUUGGAUAUAUACUCCUCAGAUUCGGAUGAAUCAACAGACAGCAGUUUUAGUGCUAUACCUGUGACCAAGAAGAAGGCAAAGCCUGUUAAAAGAGACACUAGCAUUGAGAGCGAUGAUAUGUUUCCUAUCAAAUCAAAGAACAGUAACAAAAAGGAGCAGCCAAAAAGUAAACCCAAAACGUCUUACAAAUCCACUUCUGAGAAGAAGAAAAGUAUAUGUAGUAUAUAUUCUAGCUCGGAUGAAUCGGACGACAGUGAUUCUGAUCUGGACUUUGGGAAGAAGUUUAACCGAGCCAAGGGAAAUAAUUUCAGAGCAGAAGAGAAGAAACCAUUGCAGAAGUCCAAUAAGAUUUAUUCCUCCUCAGACAGUGAGUCAGCUGAAGAGCCUGACAUCAUCCCUGCUCCUAAACCCAUCUCUCUACCAAGUAAAUCUCCAAAAGACAAGAAGAAAGGAAAGAAAAUUCUGGAUGAUGAGGUGAAGAAACACGUAAAUGACAGCAGAUUAACUGACAGGAAGACUUCAAGUGACAGAGAGACUUCUAAAAGCUCUGUUAUUUCCCAGACGGUCCAUGAAAAAGACAUUCGUGCUGACAGUUUGCUUGAUUCAAUGGAAAAGGUAGCAGAGAGAAACAAAAAAGAGAAACUGGCCAAGAAAAACAAGAAGAAGGAAAAGGAAAACAUCUUAGUUGGGGAGGGUAAACUGGAAAUAGGAAAGAAUUCUCAAUUUGGUUUGUUUGAGAAAAUGGAGACAUUUAUGAUGAGUGACACAAAGGAUAAGAGUUCAUCCAAAGAGCAGAAAGCUUCAACAGAAGAGGCUUUCAAAAAUAAGGUGAAAGAUUUGCAAUCGCCUUCAGCACAAGAUCAAGUUAAAAAGCAGAAGGACAAGAAAAAGAAGUCAGAAAGUCGGAAGGACAGGGACAUUAUUAAGAAGCAGCCAGCAUUGAUAUCACCCAUCAUGUCACCUGUUAACGAAUUCUCCAAUGGAAUCAACAUCAACGAUUGUAAAACGGAUGUCGGAAAUGUUAUUGUUGACGAGAUUCCCUUAGAAGAAAAUUCUGUUUUAAUGGAUCAUCCGUGCAGUAUGGAGAAUGACAAUGCAAGAAGUAUGUGGGACUCUAGCGAUGAAACUUUUGCUGAACAUCAGAGAAAUGAAAGUUUAGAGAAGGAGAAGAUGAGCAGUCUGUCAUCAGCAACAGAUGAUCUCCAGCCAAUGCCAGAGAAAGGCUCAUCUGAUGCUGAGGAUUCUAAGAGUAAGAAAAUGAAGAAGAAGAAAGUGGUGAAAGAUGGUGAAGUUCCCAGGAAAACCAAGAAGAUGGACAAAGAUGGUAGUAAACCAAAGAAGAAGAAGAACAAAAAUAAAACUUGUUCAGAGGUGGAUAAAACCAUCGAUGAUGUUUCAAAGGGUAAAGACAUUCUUCAGUCUUCUGGGACAGAAGAGCCAGAAAAUCAUAAAAUUGAGAACACCCACACUGAUCAUUCUGAUGUUGACUUGGACUUUAGUACACCAUUAUUUGGUAACUUUGUACCUGAGAAAAUAAAGCCUAACAGGCCGUCAGCAAAGGAAAGAGUAGGAGAUGAGGAUACUGUAGAAAACGAAGUGUCUGGUGAGGGUGAGAGAAUAACUGAACCCACAGAAUCUGAACUAGGUACAAAAACUGGUCUGCAAGAACCAUCUCCAAUGGAGAGAACAGCUGAAAAUACUGCAAACCUCAAAGAUGUAGAAAAUAAGACAUCAACGAAGAAGGACAGUAGUUUGGUACUCUCUCCUCCAUCACAUGUGACCUCUGACCUUUUGUCUCCAUUACAAGAUGCAGACAAGAGUCUUGGCAAAGAACUGAAUAACACUAAAUCAGCUGACAGUUUGUGGAAAGAAAUGAAGGCUUCUGCGGCCCUAAAUGUGUCCACAAGUAAACUUCCAGAAAGUAGCCCAUCUCAAAAGAAGAAGUCAUCAAAGAAUGAGCUGUCUGGCAGGUCGGAUAUCUUUGAUUUCAAUGAUGACGAAGAGGAAGUAUUUGAUAAAAUAAAGCCGCGUCACAAUGCUGAGAGGGACAACAGUCUGAAAUCCAAAACUUCAGAUUCAAACAAGACUCCAUUCAAGUGGGACAUUGGAGACAUCACCUCUAAAGAUACUAAGACUUCCUUUGAACCAAAGCAUACCAACAAAAUGGUCAAUCACAAGCAAGAGAGCUUGUUUGCAAGCUGGGCUAAAUCACUGGCUGAGAGUCAUGAGAAAGAUCAAAAUAUUAACAAAUCAGUAGAAAGUAUAAUGAAUAAAUUACCUAAGAAGCAUACCAGCAUUAAAAAGCAACCUAAGGCUCAGCAGAAGCACGAAAAAGCAGAGGCACACAAAGAUUCAACACCACAAGAAGUUGUUGCUGCUACAUCUCGUGACAAUGUUAGUUGUGAUAGUGAAGCAAUUGAGAAGGGUGUGAUUUGUAAAAAUUUGGAAGUAGACAAAUUUUUUGAGAAAGAAGAAAAAGAGAAUGUUGCCAAGAAAUUAGAAGAAGAGAACAAUAAAAUUGCAGAGACUUUGGAGGCUGUGUCAACAAUAGAACUGCUACACAACGAGGAAAAACGAGACAGAGAGAAUGAUAUGUUUGGAGAUGAAGGAAGCCUUGUUAUUGAUGAGACAAACCCAUGUCUGCCGGAGACCACUGAACAGCCAGCAGAAGAACAGGAACCUCCACAGGCCGACAGUGAAACAGCUCUGGCUAUUCAGUCUAUACUGGGGUUAGGAGAGGAGGACACUACUAGUAAACUCCACGAUUACUCUGAACCAGAGCCAGUGGUGGAAACUCCAGUAUCUUCUCAUCAGCCUGAAGAGAUUCCGGUCACACAAGAUUUGAUAGAAGAAUCGCACAGAGAUGAAGCUCAACUUGCCUCUUCUCUGAUUCAGGAACCUAUGCAAGAGCCAGUUAUUCAUCCUACCCCAGACUUUAGUCUUAAGAGUCCUGAACAUAUUCCUGCUCCUAAGCCUGUAGAGCAAAUACCUCCUAUAAAUGUUUCACUGCCUCCACAGAAAGAGAUUCAAACGAUGGCAGGUCUUCAUGAUCUCAAGCCAAAAACUCCAAGAGGAAAGAAACAGACAGAUAUAAGAGAUGCCCAGGCUCAGCAGAGGAGUUAUCAACAACUUGUUAUGGAAGACCCACUGCAGGAUAUGCAGAAUAAGGAUGAUUCUGAUGAUGGAGCUCUUCAUAUUGCCACUGAUCUGCCUCCUUUGCCUCAGAGAGAAGAGCAAGGCAGAAAAGUGCAUCAGCCAGUGGAACAUGUGGAACAAAUGCAAAAUAUGCAGCAACUGCAAAAUAUGCCUCAAGAAUUCGAAAUUCCAAGUGCAAAGAAAACCAAGACCAGAAGAAAGAAAUCAGGAAAAGGUAUUGAGGAGCCUAGUUCUUUACCAGUACCUGAUUUGAAAGCUAAUUCAGUGUUUGAACCUACUUACAAUCUACCAGUAUCAAUAAGACCUGAACAAGAAACGGAAGUGAACACUGGUCAGGAAGUGAGUGGUUUUGCUUCUCCACCUUUUGCUGGGGACAAAGUUCUGGACGAUAAGGAAAUAUCCAUGUCUGACUACACUGACUCGGAGAGGAAUGACGAUGGUGAUUUAGGAGGAGACGAACCAAAGAGACCACAAAGGGGAGCCAGCAGAAGAAAGAAUUACAAGAAAAUGUCUGGCAUUUCUCCCAGAAAUAAUUCGCCACGAUCAAGAACAUCACCUAGGUCACCAAGAAUUGCCUCACCCAAACAACUGUCACCUAAGUCAGAUAUUGCUACUCCUGUUGUGAAGAUUGAGCGACUGCCUAUGACAAACAAAAAUCUGAAACUCGAUGAAGAGCAAGCUCCUAAAGAAGUUCAGUUGCCUAUAACCCCUGUCAAAGAGACUGUUCCUGUGAAGGAUUCAGGUGUUCGACGUGGCAGGUCUGCUGGAACUGCUAUUGAGACACCACAGAAGACUUUGAAUGUUUACGAUUUUGAUGAAGUUGAACCUGAGGAACAGAAUGCCCCAAUACCAAAGAGACGCUCUUCAAGCAGGAAGAAGAAGAACAGUGAAGAAGGAUUUGAUGCUAAAGAUUCUGGCAAAGUUUUGAAAUCUGAAAUCAUGGAAACUGGCAUAAAAAUGACAAUCCGACCAACAGUAAGACCCAGCAAGGAUAUUCCUAAAGAGAAGGCACCUGAAUUGCAGAGACUGAAUGAGACAAGAGUGGCACCUAUCCAUGAAACUAUUCUGAAGGAACCAGUGCCCAAUCAUCCAGUAGAUGAGAAGAAGGCCAUGAAACCCAGGGACAUCAUGAGUGCAGAACACAGAGCAAGAGCCCAUUCAUUUGCUAAUGAACUUGUGAAGCCUCCUGCAGAGACUGAACAUUGCUUAGCAGUGGCUCCACAACCCACUACAGUUUCAACCAUGAGUAAUAUUGAUAGAAUAAUUGAUAAUGUGUCUAAAGGAAUCUUUGAUGCUGCUGAUGGUGGUGAAGUAAUUUCACCUCAACAACUCAACAAGUUCACCACACCUUUAACAGUGGACAUUGGAGCUUACGAAAGAAAGCGAACUGCAAGUCGAGGCAGUUUCACUGAGGAACUUUCUCUAAAGUCGCCAUCCAUGAAGUCCCCUUCAAUGAGAUCACCACAGUUAUCUGGAACGAGUCCGGCCUUCCAGUUACCCACAGGCCUAGUCAAGACCCCACCAAGUUCCAUCUCGGCAGUCAACCCAAUGUAUCAGAGCAAGAUCAAUGCCAUAAUGCCAAACACUAUGUAUCCCGGACACAUGGCAGAGCUACACAACAGAGAACAAGCAGCUCAUCAUUUGAUGCCAUCCACUCCAACAGCUACUUCUUCUCCCAUUUCUACUCAGUCUUCAGUCAUAGGGACAAUGGCAAACAAAAUGGACAUUCAUGUGACGAUGACAAUGCCGCACCUGACAAACAAUGCUGGUAGAGUUCCUGCACAUAUGUCAGGUACUCUUGGAAAACCAGUCAGUGCCCAAAAGGAGAUUGGCAUGAACUUGACUAAGAGUGCAUUUGAAUCGGCUCCUACCUCUGUGUUGAGUACAGUAUCCUCCUCCAGUAUUGGGAGAUCUGUGAUUGCCAGUGCCCACUCCCAGCUGGCUCAGAAUUCCACUGUGGUGGGAAUGAGGACACAACAACGGGCUCAACCAAACAAUGCUGCAGUUGAAAAUAGUCAGAGAAUGCAGCAUAUCUCUCCACAUUUGCCAAAUCAAAAUCCACAUGCUGAAGAGAAGCCUGGCAUGGUUGGAUCUGUGUCAGUUGGAGAGCGCCAACAACAGAGUGUGACAUCUGCUCCCACUUGUGUAGUACAUCCCAUAACAACAACUUCCCUCAGCAAACAACCACAUAACAUGCCUACCAUGAUACAGCCCCCGGGUGCAGGGGAGCGUUUCUUCACUGAUCCCAAGCUAAGAGAGGGUUUGACCAAAGAACAGUUACAACGUUUACCAUACCAUCAGAUAAUGCAGGAGAUGCAGCAGCACCAAGCUCAGAAAGCUAAUAAGACUUUACAGAAACAGCCAGACAUUGGUAAAGAGAGUCCUCAGAGACCCCCAAGUGCUCACAGCAACCAACAUAAACAGAUGCUGCCAGGGGAAGCACAUGUUAGAAUGGCUCAAGAGCAGGCAGCAUAUUUAGCCAUGCAUGACCAAAUACGUAACCAGAUUUUACACAAACAAGGAUUUUAUUGGCCGCAUCCACACCUUCCCCCGGCCAGUGUUAAAAGUGAUGAGAAGAAGCAGGAGGUGAAAACAACUUCUCCAAAAAUGCACCAACAAAGUAAUAUUAUAGCUGCUAGCUCACAGCAUCCCCAGAUCAAGUCCCCAGCCUUAGCUCAGACAGCUCCCAGCAUUCCUCAGAUGGGCCACCAGCCAGUCACAAAUACAAGUCUGGCCAACAUCAACAAGAAGACUGCUGACAAGAACGCUGCAAUGAGGUGGGCCAAUGAAAUGGUAAUAUCAGCUCAUGAGGGACCCAAAUCUAGACCUCCUUCUCAUGAACCACCAAGAGCCUCUCCUCGCGAGCAUUGGACUCAACCAAGUAACAUCCCACCCUCUCAGAUGGGCCUCAAACCCGCUCACCAACCCCCAGAGCAUAAUGCUCCUAUGUCACAGAAAGAGCAUAUCAAAAAGAAGAGAGCAGAGGAGCGCAAGCAGCAGGAGCUGGAAGAAAUGCAUUAUCAGAGACAGAGAGAGCUACAAUUCAUUGAGAAACAAAUCCAGAUGGAGCAGGCUAAUGCACUACACAAACCUAGCAGUUCUACGUCAAACCAGCCCACUGACAUGCGACAGACAGCCCACGUUCCUGGUCAGCAGAGGCCAGACGGACAGGUGGAUGGCAAGAACCUGAUAGAUCCCCGCUUUGUCCAACACCCAUUGUAUCCUGGGAUGCCGGACAUGCGAAGACCUUCCUCUCAAAAUCCAAGUGCAUUUACACCACCAAUAUCAGGAUCUGACAUUUCUCCUGCAAUCCCGGCGCACAAGAAUUAUGCAGAAAUCCAACAGCAGUUGUACCAGCAGCAUCCUCAUCUGUACAACGUCGCUUUGGACCCACAGUUUCACCUGCUGACUUCGGGUCUGCCGUCCCACUACCUGCCCCGCCCCGGGGGUCUGUCUAUCCAGGACCUGACGGACCCUGCUCAGUCUGGGAGAAGCAGGUCACCCCCUCGAGUUCAGAACGUCCCAGUCAGCAGCCAGACCUCAUCAAAACACAGAGAACAGGAAGAUCGUAUGGUGCCCAUGCAUGAAACACCGAUGCACAUGCAGCCCCGGGUCAUUCAGGAGGCCCCAGCACCAGGAGGGGAGGGCAGUCUACUCAGUCUUCUACAGCGUUAUCCUGUUAUGUGGCAAGGUGUGCUUGCCUUGAAGAAUGACCAGUGUGUGGUCCAGUUACAUAUGAUCAAUGGAUAUGAACAGUUGGUCAAGCUAUCUCUCCCCCAACAAGGUCCUGAUGGGUCAGUGCAGCCUCUUCGUAUCGCCCAGAGAAUGAGGCUGGAAGCCGCCCAGUUAGACGGGGUCAUCAAGCGCAUGAAGUUUGACAAUGACUACUGUAUGCUGUUGGCCCUACCCUGUGGGAGAGACCAUGAUCACAUCAUAGAGCAGACUAGAGCCAUGACCACAGGCUUUAUUCAGUAUCUACAACAGAAGCAAGCUGCUGGAAUCGUUAAUGUAGCUGAACCAGAGACACAGCAGCCUGCCUAUGUGGUCCAUAUCUUCCCUCCGUGUGACUUUUCUCGGAAUACAUUAGAGCGACUUGGAUUUGACUUGAUGCAGCCACUGAGGGAUUUAGCCCAUCUUCUUGUGAUUAUCACAACAGUGGCAUAGGAUAUGGAGAAUUUGAUGUGAAUGUUUACUAUAUGUGUACUAAAUAUGGAAUUAAUUAUGGAUUUAAUACUUUACAUACAACAGAAUCCAAAUUCAAUAGGUUGGAUAACUAGUGAUUUACAUUACAUGUGGAGUAUUGUUUGUGUACAACUAAGUUGACUAGUGUGACAUCUAUUUAGUGAAAUCACUGGCUUGGAAAUCAUACCUUUGUGUUUUAUAUAGGGCAUUUGUCUCAUUCUGUGAGAGAACUUGCAGUGAAUUGCACUUCUGUAGACUGAUGGUGCAUUCCCACUAAACUCUUGUGUUUAUUUGUGAUCCUUGAAAACAAAACUUUCUAUUAGUGCUGAAUUCUAAUGUAAUAUAUUUGUACAUACUGGAUAAAUAAUACGUAUAUAUCUUGCGACAACAUACACUCUUAAAGUAGUGGUGUUGUCCUUGUAUUUAUUUCUGGCUGCAUUGUAGCUUUGUAUUGACUAGUGCUGAUGUAAAUAGUUAUCUUGAUACCCCGUCCCUGUUAACCCAACUUGUCGAAGGUCACAAGGACAAGGUGCAAAUACGUAAGGAUCGGAAUUCGCUAUACUCAUGAAAUGUAACGGACUAUAGAAUUAAUUGCUUUUUUUGUAAAUUAAGACGUAAUAUACUUGUAAAAAAAAAUCAUGUACAUAGGAUGUAAAUAGCCUUGAUUGUAUUAACUUGUGUACUUGACAGUGUUACAAAUAGUUUUUAGGUGUUGAUGUAUACUUUUAGUGUCUGUGAUAUAAGUCAUUUGAUAUGAAUUCUUAGGUGGUAUAUUUUGUUAUCAGCUAUGAUGUGGAGUUCCACCAUCGGGUUCAGUGUUGACCUUUCAUCCUUGUUAACAGUGAGUGUGCCAGGCUAUGACAGAAUUGAGUGUUCAAUUUUUGUGUGAACAAGGUGUGAAUUUCUGUAGUUCUAAAAUUCCUCGGUUUUAGGACAUGAUUGUUUAGAUUACAAUUACAAAAAAUGGUCAAGUGAACAAAUCUUUAAUUAAACUCAACAAAAUAGCCAAUAAAAUAAACAUGCUAAAUGUGAUUGAAUGUAAAAAUGUUGUUUCACAUAUAAUUGAACAAGAUUAUGUACUUUAGAAUUUUUUGCAUUAAGUGUGACAUGUAUACAUGUAUAAGUUCAUCACCUUUGAGAUCUCAUUAAGGCAGCUAUUCAUCACAGAAUGACAUAUACAGAGUGAAUGGGAAAUCCCUGUCCUUAACACAGGGGAAAUAAGAGAUGAGUGUGUAUACGUGUGUGAGGUUACAUGUGCGUUUUGUAAUUUGUGCACGUGUAGGAAUUAACAAAAAAAUCUAGACAAUGCUGGUCAUUAAAUCUAUUAUAACGCAGUUACAGAUAUAUUUCUUUGACAAUUUAAGAAUGUGUAUUUAGUUUUUAAAAAUUUAACAUUUUUGGAGAAAUUUGGAAAAGAUAACAAGAUAUCCUUCAUUUAAAGAGAUUCAUUUUUUUUUUUUCAAUCACACAAAAUUGAUUUUUUUGGGGGAAUUUUUUUUCUUUGAACAGUUUGGUGCUAUCUUGUGAUACCUUGUUUGUUUCUCUGUAAGUUAAUAGCUGGGUGUUAGAAUUAUCUUCCAUGCAGAUCAGAAUUUUAUUUUUGUAAACCUGUGUUAGUUUUACAAUAUUACGUGGCUCAAUUGUAUAUAAGUCAUUGUCACUAAUUGUCAAACAUUUCAUCAGAGGACGCUUUAAGAGAAUAAAGUACAAGCCAAUGAAAUGAAAUAAA